AAGACUAUAGAAUGUUUAAAUUUAAUUUAAUUAUAAAUGUAUUAAUUUUUUUAUAUCUAUGGCAAACUCCUAAACAACUGGAAGCAUCAAAAAUUCUGGGAAUUUUUGCUUUACCACAACCGGCCAAAUAUACCGUGACAACAUCUCUGGUGAAUGCUCUACAUGAAAGAGGUCAUGAUAUAACGCUUAUAAUAAGAUGUAACAAUCAACUAGAUGUGUCUGCUCAUAUACGUAAAAUAGUUAUAGAAGAUCGGGAGGAAAUAACGAAAGAUUUUUUUAAAUUUUCUUGCGAAAAUUUAGAUCAAAGUUUUUACCACAAAUUACAGAAUAUUUUUGGCAAGGGAGCCCAAACAGUAGUAAAUAUUUUUAAUAAUACACAGUUUCGAGAUAUUAUGAAAAAUGAAAAAUUUGAUAUGAUAAUGCUGGAUACGUUUAUGACUGAGGCUUUAUAUGGUUUGGGAGAAUAUUUUAAUGCUUCCUUGGUGGGUGUUUCUAAUUUUGGAUCUCUAACCUCCUUGGACACAAUGGUGGGCAAUGUCUCACCUUUAUCGUUUAUACCGUCAUUAUUUAUACAGCAUACUUUUGAGGUGACAUUUUGGCAGCGUUGUUUAAAUGUUGCCUUAUAUGCAGUUGAUGUAAUGACUUAUGAACUUUUACAGAAACCGCUGCAGCGUACAAUUUAUAAAGAUCUAUUUCCCAAUGCAACUCUUACUUUUGAUCAGGCUUGUCGUAAUUUUGCUUUAGUUUUACUAAAUCAACAUUUUUCUUUAAGUUUUGCUCGUCCCUAUGUACCCAAUAUGAUCGAGGUGGCUGGUUUGCAUAUAAAGGAAGAAUUGCAACAAUUGCCCUUUAAUAUUCAGCAAUUUUUAGAUAAUUCUUCUCAAGGAAUUAUAUAUUUUUAUCUAGGUGUUAGUGAGGAUUUAUUUAAUGCAAAUCCCAAUAACUCGUUGAUUGUUUUAAAAACAUUAAAGGAUUUAAAUUAUAAUAUCGUUUGGAACAUGCACUAUAUGUCCAUAGAAUUUCAGAAAUUUGACAAUAUCUUACAUGUCCGUAAUGUGUCCCACUAUUCACUUUUGGCUCAUCCUUAUAUUAAGCUCUUCGUAACAAAUGGUGAAUUGCUUAGCAUUAUAGAGGCUGUUUAUUAUGCCAAACCCAUUUUGGGUCUACCCAUGUUUGCCGAUCAACAUGUAAAUAUUAAUAUGGCCAUCAAAACAGGUUAUGGUCUCGGUUUAAUCCUUAAACAACUUAAUGAGUUGAAAUUAAAACAAACUAUUUUUGAACUUUUAAAUAAUUCUCGUUAUGCCAACAAAAUUAAAGAAUUAUCGAAUGUUUUCCAUGAUCAACCUAUUAAACCGCUAGAUAAGUCUAUUUAUUGGCUAGAAUAUGUCCUGAGACACAAGGGUGCUAAACAAUUGCGUGUCAAGGGACGUUUUUUGAAUUUUUGGCAAUUUCAUAAUAUUGAUGUUUUUAUAGCAUAUCUAAUAGUAUUUGCUAUAUUAGUAUUUAUUAUAUGGUUUAUAACGAAAUCUAUAUAUUUGUUGUUACAUAGAAGUAAGCAGAAUUUACAAAAUAAAGUUAAAAUAAAUUGAAUAUAAACAUUUUUA